AAGUAAAUGAAAUAGCCCGAAGCUGGUCGUAAUUUUAUUUUUGUUUUGGUACAUGCCGACUGACUGCAACAAAUAAUGCCUUAGUGUUGUUAUUUCUGAACAAAGAUGAAAUACGACGGAAGAGUUGAAGCCCAACGAUCUUAUAAAUUAGCUCAUCAAGUGUUGUGUAUUAAAGCAAUCAACUUCAUCAAGCAGUCAUUGAUAGGCUAUGUAGAGCUUACUAUUUAUCCUCUGCGUGCCGAUCUUAAAAGUGUGAAACUUAAUUGCAAGCAAUGUCGUAUCUAUCGUGUGCUUAUCAAUGACAAAUGGGAGAGCAACUUCUGGUACAAUGACCCCACCAUGGAGGCUGUGCAGAAUGAAGAUCAGGCCCGACAGAAAAGCCUGGACCACUUUGAGAAGGCCUAUGAGUCUGCUGUAAGCUCAGUGAACCCAGACUUUGGCAAUGGUGAGGUGUUUGUAAAGCUGCCUGCAGAGAGUAUGUCCACCAUAGCAGACAUGCAGCCAAUCCGUAUCAACAUAGAGUUCUCCCUGGAGCAACCAGAUGCGGGCCUGCACUUUGUGGUGCCUGCAGUGGAUGGGAGUUUAGCGGAGACUGGUGCUCACAUGUUCUCAUACAGACAUGAAAACUCAUCCAGGCUAUGGUUUCCAUGCAUUGACACUUAUGCAGAGCCAUGCACAUGGAAGCUCGAGUUUACAUGUGAGGUUGCCAUGACCGCGGUGUCCUGUGGUGACCUUCUGGAGGUUGUGUACACAUCUGACCGCAGACACAAGACAUAUCACUACUAUAUGAGCACACCAACUUCUGCCCCAAACAUUGCAGUAGCAAUUGGCCCAUUUGAGACGCUUGUUGACCCCAACAUGCAUGAGGUCACCCACUUCUGUCUACCGCAUCUGAAAUCCAUCCUGAAACACACAACCAGCUACCUUCAUGAGAGUUUUGAGUUUUACGAGGAGCUGAUGUCCAGCAGGUACCCGUACUCCUGCUACAAGCAGGUCUUCAUAGACGAGUCAUACGAGGAGGCGCAGUCCUUUGCCACAAUGACCAUCUUCAGCACCAGUCUGCUGCACUCAAGUCGCAUCAUAGACCAGACAAUUAUCACGAGGAAGUACAUGGCUGCAGGCAUCGCCCAGCAGUUCUUCGGCUGCUUCAUAGUCAUGCAGACCUGGUGCGACGCCUGGCUUCCAAAGGGAAUUGCUGCCUACCUCACCCAGUUGUUUGUGAAGAAGACCUUUGGUAAUAACGAGUAUCGCCAUGAUAUUGCACAGUACCUGAAGGAGGUGGAGCAAUAUGAGGCAGUGGCCGGGGGUAUCGUGCUGGACCCAUCCUUCAACUCCAAGGGCAUGUACUUCUCCUGCAUGCAGCCCCAGACCAUGAGCCCCACCUACCUGGAGAUGUACCACAAGAAGGCCCUGCUCAUCAUACGCAUGCUGGAGGCUCGUAUUGGUGCCACACUUCUCCUGCAGGUGUUCAACAAGCUACAGGCGCUGGCCUUUGCAGCAUCACAACAGAAGUUCAUGGCCACUGCAUGGAACAACAUGCUGCUGUCAACAAACUCUUUCCUGAAGAUCAUCUCCACUGUGACAGGGAAAGAUGUGCAGCCAUUUAUCGACCAGUGGGUAUGUCAGGGUGGGUUUGCCCGGUUCAUUGGCAACUUUGUGUUCAAUAGGAAGAGGAACGUGGUGGAGCUUGAGAUCAGGCAAGACAACACUGCCAAGGGAUCUCUCAAAUAUGUGGGACCUUUGGAAGUGACCAUUCAAGAACUGGAUGGGUCUUUUAACCACAUUUUCAACAUUGAAGAAAAUAAGACAAAGUUUGAGAUCACAUGUCAUUCCAAAAGUAGAAGGAACAAAAAAAAGAAGAUUCCAUUGUUGACUGGGGAAGAAGUAGACAUGGACCUCAGUGCUAUGGAGGCUAUUAACAGCAUUAUGGGUGCUGAUUCACCAGUGCUAUGGCUGCGUAUGGACAAGGACAUGCACCUGUUACGUAGUGUCACCUGGGAACAGCCCGACUACAUGUGGCAGUACCAGCUACGCUACGAGAGAGAUGUUGUUGCUCAAAUAGAGGCAAUCCAUGCCCUGCGUCAGUUUGCAUCCCCUGCCACUCGCCGGGCCCUCACAGACGUGCUGGAGUGUGAACAGGCCUACUACAAGGUCAGGAUUGAGGCCGGCAUGUGCCUCGCUAAGAUAGCGAACACUAUGGUUGCCUCCUGGGCGGGCCCUCCAGCCAUGUUGAUGAUAUUCCGUAAGAUGUUUGGCUCCCACUCCUGUCCCAGUAUUGUCAGACAGAACAACUUCAGCAACUUUCAGCAUUACUUCCUCAUCAAGGCAAUUCCACUAGCGAUGUCCCAGCUUAGGAACAUGCACAACAUCUGCCCACCCGAGGUUGUGCGAUUCCUGUUAGAUCUCUUCAAGUACAAUGAUAACAGCAAAAACAAGUACUCAGAUAAUUACUAUCGUGCAGCGUUGAUAGACGCGCUUGCUGCCACAGUAACCCCUGCUGUAACCACAGUGACCAUCACUGGUCAAAGUAUCAAUGCAGACCUUUCAUCUGACACAAAGUCCAUCUUGGAAGAACUAACUCGAUGUCUGAAUUUGGAAAAACUGUUGCCAUGCUACCGACACUCAGUCACCGUCAGCUGUCUUCGAGCCAUCAGGGUGCUGCAGAAGUUUGGUCACCUGCCCAGUGACCCAUCCAUCUUCCGCAGCUACGCCCAGCAUGGCACGUUCAGAGAUGUGAGGCUGGUUGCUAUAGAAGCACUCGUUGACUUCAUCAAGACCGAUGUGAAUAUGUCUGAGUUGUACUGGCUGCUUGGAGUUGUGGAGAGAGACCAGGACAGAUAUGUCAGUUACGAGACCAUUCAGAUGUUGAGUCAGAAGCCCCCAUUCCAUCGAGGUGAGGAGAGUCUCCUGAACACAGAGGAGCUAGUGGAGAGGCUCUGGAAACUCAUCAAUUCCACUUUGUCCAGUGACAGUAGGAUCCGAUGUGGUGUGGCCGAUUUCUACUUUGCCAUGUUUGGUCGUUACAGGCCUGCAUGUCUUCAUGCACCUGAUAGUUUUACAGUGUAUUCAAACGUGAAGGAGAAGAAGCCAUAUAACCCGGCAAUCGUAUCUGAGACCCUGACAGACAUGUUUGAAGAUGAAGAUGACGACAUUAUGGGCUUCACAUCAUCCAUGCCUCUCCCAAGCAGCACUCCAAUGAAGUCAGAGCCCAGCCUGGGUGUUGCUGGGCCCAGUGGGAGUGGUGUGAAGAGGAAGGCAGAGUCCCCACCCAGGGGCCAGCCUAUCAAGUACCCCUUGUUCCUCAAACAGGAGAGUGGCUUCAGUUUAGGGGGCGAGUCCAGCAAUCCUGUGAAAAAACUCAAAAUUACGAUUGGAGGCAGCAGCACCACAGAGGAGAGUCACGUCUCCCGCCAGUCCGUUGCUAUGGUAACGCAAGCAGAUCUCAUGCCACCAAUUCUGUUUCCAGAGUUCCUUAGACCUUUCAGGGGAAGUGAAGACUCCCAAGGCGGGUCAUCCCGACCCGGGGGACGUUCAGAGGCCCCGGUCCUGCCAUACCAGGGCGUGGCCCGUGGGGACAGUCAGUCACGGCUCAGUGAGGACUCAAACUCCUCACCCACACCCAGCGAUUCAUCCCAGUCCCGACCACUGACAGCAUCUGGUACAGUGUCUGGUCCAACGUCGUUCCAGGGCUUGUUUUCUAGCACCACAAGCAAUUCUUCAGCCAGUUACCUGCCAGGCCCCGACACACCCCUCUUCACCAGUGCACAUGCACCUAGCGCUGACCUCACCACAGAGGUCACUGGAGACCCCUCAGGACACAGAGUCAAGAAGAAGAAAAAAAAGAACAAGCACAAGCAUAAACACAAGCACAAGCACGAGAGGUCUGAGAAGGACAGGCUAAAGGAGAGGGUGGGUGGGGAAAAAAUGUUUGCAUCGAGUCCGAUGGUUCCCUCUGUGCAGUCGGUGACAUCUAUGUCGUCAAAUACGAGGGAUUCUGCACCUAGUUCUCCGGAUUUUGAAGUUAUAUGAGGUCAUGUUGUAGUUGAAUUAUGGGGGAAAGUUCUAUAUGUGCAGCUUUCAGGCGGGAUACAAAGUUGUAAAUUAUGUUUUGAAAUGAUCUGGUAUUAUUUUUUCAUGCAUGCUUCUGGCAGUUUUGAUAUUCGAUAAGAACAUGUUAGUGAUCUUAGUUAUAUGUAUAACAACGCUUCCACUAGCUUUCAAAAGUUGGAAGUCCUGAUAUAUGAGUGCUGUAAAUGAUAAAAACAGAGAUGAUCUGCGAGGCAGUAGGUGUAUAUACAUGUCAUAUGUCAUUGUAUGCUUUUUAAGGAGGUUUUAAGCCCACUUUUACUGAUAUGUUGACAUUCUUCACAUUUAGAGCCUAUUUAAUAAUUUUUAAUGCAAAAAGGUGGUAAACUUUUUUUUGAAAAUCCACUUAUGUUUUUGUAGUCAUUAUCACAUAUCUCAUAUCCUCCUCUAAGAAUACUUCUCUACUAUGUUAUGUUAUUGAUACAUCAAUUAUGUCAUUUUUGACUGAUUUUAGUUGUUGAUGAAAAGUGGACAGGUGAAACUUUUUAAGAAGUUAAUGUUGGAUGACUGACGUGAAUUAAGGUGUUAAAUGCAUCUGUUUAAAUAGUUGCUUUGGGACUAUCAUUGUCAGAAAAGUGAUUAAAAUUCGAACUUAAA